AUGCCUCACGCAGCAUCCCCGGAGCGCGACGCCAACUGGCCUGGCUGCAAGCUCUAUGUCAACGACGGCCAACUGGACCCUGACCAGAUUGCACCCCUGAUUCCUUCGUCUCCAGACGAGCCUAUCGAAGACCUGCGCAAGAAGUACGAGGAGAACGGCUAUGUUUUCCUCAAGGGGCUGCUUCCCCGGGAGGACGUCCUCAAGUGCCGCGAGAAGUACUUUGCUAUGAUGGCUCCCAGCGGCGUCUUGAAGCCCGGAACCAAGCCCGUCGAGGGCAUCUUUGACGAUACCAAAGACAAGGCCAACUACCCUGGCAUUGGCGCUGGUGCCGUCGGCGGCAACGGGCGCCCUGGAGAAGACACUGCCGCGACCUUCGUAGACCUGGCCUUGAAAGCCCACUACGAGGACUGGUACUGCGAGGAUUUCGUGAAGCACCCAGUUUUGAGGGAUUUUGUCAAAAAGAUGAGCGGUUGGGACGACAACACUCUGGGCUUGCGCCGGACGCUGCUCAGAAACAACACCCCGGGCAACCACGCCAUCGGCGUUCACUACGAUCAAAUUUUCCUCCGCUACGGCCAGCCCAACUCGUUCACCGCUUGGGUCCCCAUCGGUGAUGUCGACAUCCAGGGCGGCGGUCUCAUCUACCUCGAGAACAGCGACAACUUGGGCCAGGAGAUCGAGAAGGACUUCACCGAGAAAGCAAAGGCGGCGGGCUUCAACGACGAGGAGACCAGGAAUGCCUUCAACCAGAACAUGAUGAGCACCGGCCUGCUCGCAGACGGCCCCGCACAGUUUGGUCGGGACUACAAGAGAAGAUGGCUCCUGACCGAGUACGAGGCGGGUGAUGUGGUCCUGCACAAGCCCCACAUGAUCCACGCCUCGACCAUCAACCACGACCCGCACAAUAGGAUCAGGCUCGGCACUGAUCUGCGAUUUGUGGAUGCAUCGGGCGAGUACGACAAGAGAUGGACAAACCACUACGAGUUCGGUGAUGGUGUGUAG